AUGGACACAGGGCAUCGUGUGGCGGCGUACCGCUUCGUUGCCUAUGCGGCGGUCACAUUCUCUGUGGUUGCCGUACUUUCGGUCUGCGUCACACUGCCAAUGGUUUACAACUACAUCCACCAUGUGAAACGAUCAAUGCGUCAGGAAAUCAAAUUUUGUAAGGGUUCAGCCAAGGAUAUCUGGGGCGAAGUGACACACAUGAGGAACGCUCCCGUAGCGAACAGGACUGCUCGACAUGUGGGAGGCGGAGGAGGAGGAGGAGGCUCAUGUGAGGCAUGCUGUCUACCAGGCCCUCCUGGUCCUCGCGGAACGCCGGGCAGACCCGGUCGACCAGGCGCCCCAGGCGCACCUGGAAUGCCUGGUGCUCCUGGACGCCCACCGGCACAACCAUGCGAGCCUGUAACUCCUCCACCAUGUCGACCAUGUCCUCCAGGACCAGCUGGACCUCCAGGACCAUUGGGAGCACCCGGAGCACCUGGAGCACCUGGAGCUGCUGGAAUGGCGGCCGCCGCCGCACCACCAGGGCCGCCUGGACCAAAAGGACCACCUGGAAGGCCUGGAAGUCCAGGAGCGCCUGGAGCGCCUGGACAGCCUGGAGAGAACGCUGUCGGAGGGCCAGUUUUACCAAGCGCUCCGGGACCUAUGGGACCACCUGGACCAAUGGGACCACCAGGACCAAAUGGAGCGCCUGGAUUCGCUGGACAAAUGGGACCACCAGGACCGAAAGGACCACCUGGCCCAGCUGGAAUGCCUGGACCUCCUGGACAACCUGGUGCACCAGGAAUGGCCGGUGCGGCUGGUGCAGCCGGUAACCGUGGAAUUUGUCCGAAAUACUGUGCCAUUGACGGUGGAGUGUUCUUCGAGGAUGGAACACGUCGUCGUCGUUGA